UUGAAAUAGAGUAUCUCGGAAAGCCUGCACAUGCAUCAGGUGCUCCGUGGGAAGGAAUUAAUGCCCUAGAUGCUAUAGUGUCGGCUUAUAAUAGUAUCGGAUUGUUGAGACAGCAAAAUCUACCUACAAACAGAAUUCAUGGAAUCAUUACUACUGGAGGAGCAGCACCAAAUGUUAUACCGGAUUACACUUCUGGGAAAUUUUAUGCACGAGGAAAGACCAUUGAAGACUUAAGAGCCCUUUGUCCACGUGUGCAAAAAUGUUUUGAGGCAGCGGCCGAAGCCACAGGUGCAAAACUUAAAUCGAAAUGGAUGCGAGAAGUUUAUGACUUAAAAAUAAAUUCACCAAUGGCAACGCGUUACGAAACUUAUAAUUCUCAAAAAUUCGGAACCAAAUUCCCUUCAAAAGAACAACAAUCUUUAAUUACAUUCGGUACUACAGAUCAAGGAAAUGUAACAUAUGUAGUCCCAGGAAUUCAUCCUACUUAUAACAUUUUUGAGUCACCAGCUAAGGUUAGAAAUCAUACUCGAGAAUUUGCUACUCAGGCGAGAACUAAAUUCGCUCAUGACAAAACAAUAGAAGCUUCAAAGAGUAUGGCAUUAGUUGGAUUGGAUGUUUUGAUUGAUAAUAAGUUUUACAAAGAGGUUAAGGAAAGUUUCGAAGGUGUUUAA